AUGACGCAAGAAGGCGCGGGAGCACAUGAAGUACACAGAGUAAGCUUCAAAGCCCCAGAAUUUUGGAAAAGCGAGCCAGAACUAUGGUUUCACCGCAUUGAAUGCCAAUUUCGUACUGCCGGCAUUACAACCGACAAUAGCAAGUUUGACUACACCGUGGCUAGCCUCAGCUGCGAAGUUUUAAGCGAAGUGGCCGAAAUUGUACGAAAUCCUCCAGCUGACGAUAAAUACAAAACCAUAAAGGAGAGGCUGGUUGCUCGAUUUGCAGACAGUGACGUAAAGAAAACACAGAAGCUGUUUAGUACACUGACACUUGGUGACCAGUGA